GAUUUGCCAGUUGUUUGAGUAUAUUACUUUGAAAAAUUCUGGAAGAUAAACAAACAGGAGCAGAGUCAAAAUUUAACAACCAAGUCCAAACAACAAAAAUAGCUUAGAAAAAUAUAUACAUAAAAAAUACUGUUUUGUAGAGAACCACUACCUAUUAGUUAAAGUUACGGUAAAAAAACAUGUUGCAUGUGUCUAUAUGAUUAUUUACUAAACAUUGUGAAGUGUAUGUAUAGUAUUAGUUCGUGACGUGUACUAUUUUUUGUAGACAGCAAUGCAUGAAGACUAAUUAAUGAAAAAGUUGCAGACUUUUUGAAAAUGAGUUCACAAAUAUAUCCAGGAAAAACAAAGAUUCAACGUUAUUACGAGGGGAAGACUAUAUUUUUGACUGGAGGGACGGGUUUUCUAGGAAAGGUUUUGGUAGAAAAGAUUCUUCGAUGUUGUCCAAAUGUCAAACAAAUAUUUUUAUUAAUGCGAGAAAAAAGGGGCAUGAAAGCUGAGGAAAGGCUGAAAAAAUUGCUGCAAUGUGAGGUAUUUGCAAGACAGAUACAAGGGAAUCCUGAGAUUUCUCGUAAACUGUCAGUGAUUCCUGGGGAUUUGUCCCGUCCUCAGCUCGGUCUUUCUCCCGAACAUGUUGCUGUCAUCUCGCAAAACGUCCAAAUCAUCUUUCACUCGGCUGCAACACUCAGAUUUGAUGAGCGCCUUAGUGUUGCUAUCAGUACAAAUGUUGCAGCAACCAAACAACUUUGUUUGCUCGCCCAAAACAUGUUGAAACUGGAGGCAUUUGUCUAUGUUUCAACCGCUUACUGUAACUGUGACAGUCCGUUGGUGCAGGAGAAGGUGUCUGGGUGUCGGAUCUCUCCUGAGAAUUUAAUGAACCUUCCAAAUCUUUUGGAUGAAAAUACACUUGAUGAAGUUACUCCAGUCUUGUUAGGCUCAAAACCUAAUAGUUAUAUUUUUACAAAGUGUGCUGCAGAAGUAAUAAUUGACAAGUUCAAAACCUCUUUACCUGUUGCUAUAUUUCGACCUUCAAUCGUGUUGUCCUCUGAGUCUGAACCCUUUCCUGGGUGGAUAGACAAUGUGUCGGGUCCUACGGGCAUGGCUGCUAGUCUAUCAGCUGGUCUUCUGCACACAACUCACUUCAAGUACGGAGCUAAAGUCAACUUAGUCCCUGUUGAUUACACAGUCAAUGGCAUCAUCGCGUUGGGUUACUCUGUCGGCAGUUGUAAGUGGGUGUCCCCAGGAGAAAUGCCCGUGGUCAACUUUGUUUCAACGGCAGACAACACCAUCACAUGGGGCAAGUUUGGUGAUCUGCUCAACCACUACAUGUGGCAAUACCCGUCGGCUAAGCUACACUGGUACCCGUUCACUGUGCGGGCUGGACACCACUGGUCCUAUGUGGGACUGAGAACGUUGUUUCACUACUUCCCAGCUGCCUUGGUAGACUGGGCGACCGCCAGGCUGGGGCAACCUACCAAGUUGACACAGUUUUACCGGAGGCUAGAUAAGUACGCUGCAGUUGUCGUCUACUUCUCUACGAGAGAGUUUAAGUUCGAGGAAGGUAACGCUGACAGGUUGUGGAACUCACUGGAUUCAACAGACCAAGAGAUGUUCCCGUUCAACAUGGCCGCCAUGGACUGGAACGUGUACUUGCGCUCCUAUGUGUUGGGGUGUCGCCGGUUUCUGCUGAAGGAAGGACACAACACUAUUGUUGCGAGCAGGAGGAGAAUCAAAAUGUUGUAUUUUCUACAUUUGCUCACAGCAUCAGCUUUCUUCUUCUUAUUUUACAAGUUUACGGUACACUUUGGAAGAUUAUUUGGGAAAAAACCCAGUCUUGGACCGAAAUAAAAUAUAUUUUGGCUCCUAAACUUAUUAUUGGGGUCAAAAUAAAUUAAU